AAAACGUUUGAGGCAGCGUUCCGGUGUUAUGCCGAGAAACCUGUUAUGCCCGGAACCAGACGACAAUGGAGCAGACAGUACACUCAUGUGUGAGUUUUGUGGAUUUUUAUUUUGAAAUUGGCCUUCAAUAUAAGGAUAUUCAGUCUCUGCUUGCCAAAAAGCACGGGUGUCACAUCAGUGUGCGACAUUUAAAAAGAAUACUUAGUGCAAGGGGACACACUCGUCGCAACUAUUAUGCUGACUUGGCAAGUCUGGUGGAAUUCGUCAGGAGAGAACUUCAGUCCUCUGGACAGCUUCACGGAUAUCGGUGGAUGUAUGCUAAAUGCAGGCAACAUGGACUUCGUGUAAGAAAGGAGGAUGUCCGUCUGAUCAUGAGAGAAUUAGAUCCAGCCGGAGUGUCCUCAAGGCAAGCCAGACGUCUUCAAAGAAGAAACUACUUCUCAAAGGGUCCGAACUUCAUUUGGCACAUUGACUCUUAUGAUAAACUGAAGCCAUUUGGCUUUUGUAUUAACGGAAGCAUAGAUGGAUUUUCACGAAAGAUUAUCUGGCUCAAUGCAUACACCACAAAUAGUGAUCCCAAGUUGAUAGGAGGAUAUUACACGGAAGCAGUAAAGCGUUUGGGAGGGUGUCCGAGAGUUGUUAGAGGGGAUCUAGGUACAGAAAAUGUUUAUGUCAGAGACUUCCAGAGAUACCUCAUUCCCACUCAGCCCAACGACCCUCUGGAAAGUUACCUCGAAGGAGCAAGCACUGCAAAUCAAAGGAUUGAAUAUUGGUGGCGCUUUCUGCGUACGGAGUGUAUGGAGUUCUGGCUGUCCUUGUUUGCUGACAUCAGAGACAAUGGAUUCUUUGAUGGGGGAUUUCUGGACAAAAGCAUUCUACAGUUUUGCUGUAUGGGACUCAUACAGGAUGAGCUGGAUGACACAGCACAAGUGUGGAACACACACCACAUCAGGCCAUCCAAAAACUUGCAAGUUCCCAGCGGUCGGCCCAAUGUGAUGUAUGCUCUACCUGAAUUGUACAGUACUACAGACUUCCUCACUCCUGUUCAAGUUGAACAUAUUCAACUGUGUGCAGGUGCAUGCACCUUUCGGCAGACCAUACCAUGUGAUUCAGCUGUGUAUGACAUUUGCAAUGUUUUAAUGGCAGAGUAUGGCCUGAUGACACCAUCAGAUCCAUAUGAUUCUGUGAAACUGUACAUGUUACUGAGAGAUGCCAUUAGAGCAUUACUGUGAGUAUUGACUGGAAAGAGCCUGCUAUGUUAGUAGGGUUCCAAAUGUAUGAAAGUAAUCUGGUUGUUUUCUAUUAUCAGACAUUAACAUGCAUUCUAACUGUUAAACUUGAAAAUCAUCUGACAGUUGUUUUUUUUGUUGCCUUUCUAAUGUAAUAAAUUGAAGCAGAAAAAUAAAUGUUCCUCUCCAUUUAAGAAGUCCUGAUUGGAUUUAAUUUUUCAAAAUGCAGAAGUCAACACGCACACAGUUAAAUUACUUUUCACAGCUGUGGCUAAAUCAAAUGACUAAGAAAGUCCUGAAAAUACAAUUCAUCAUUUACAUAAAGCACUGGAAACAAAUUGCAUAAUUGUGUAAACAUUUAUUGUGAACAUUGACAGGAAAUCCAAACAUGUAUCAAAAAUAUAAUCAUUGCAAGACAAAUGUUACAAAUAUUACUUCAUUUUUAAGAAUAACUUGAAACAUUUUUGAAACAUUUCCAAUACAGCAACAAACAAAACCAAAAAAACACCACAACGAUCACCAGAAAAUCGAAGUUGGUGGAUGUUACAAACCCUCUGAAUUUUGUUGUAUUUUAAGUGUUGUUCUCUUUACUUCAUUGCAUUAUUCAACCAUCUAAAUAAACAUUCUGAAUUUCUAAACCUACUCGGAUAAAGACAAAAAUACAGCAACCGUACUGCUCAAAUAUUAGCAGGAACUAUUACAUAAAAUUGUCAACAUUACAAGAAAACUGGGAAUUGUUUGC